AUGGUACUUGAGCAUGCCCCUGUGACGGGGCUUCUCCUCGGUAUCUCCGCACUCUCCACAACCAUUACGCCACGGCACUACAUGACGCUGCAGCGCGCGUACGUGUUACCAGGGUGGAAGGCGACCAUCAAGCGCCUCCCACUGGGAGUAUUGCCCUUUGGUUCAAUUGGAGUGUCUUUCACGGAUGUGGUUUGCGCUGUGGUACUACUGUUUGAGAUGCGAACACUGGAACGUCGCUGGGGCUCUGCCCAAUUUCUCGCCUUUGUCAUGACAGCCGCCUUGGCUGGGUCCGUGCUGCUGAACAUUCUCAUCACCGAGUCCACCCCACCGCUCUCUUUGGAGCAGCUACGUGUCCUGUCGGCUGGUGGGUCGAUUGUACCAUUCGCAGCUUUCGUCACGUGCAAGCUUAUGGAGGUUCCGUCGCUUCACCAUUGGCGCAUUCCCGUUACGUCAAUUGUACUAACAGAGAAAAUGUUGGUUCUUGUACCCCUCCUGAGGCUGGUUUUAUUCCCUGACACAGAGGUUCGCGCGCGGACACAUAAGCAGCAUGCUGUUCACGUAGAUAUCGGUCUUUGGACUCGUGUGAUGUUGGCUCUCUUUGGUGUAAUAUUGAGCAUUGCCUCCAAAAAGUCGCGGGUGUUCUCCUGGUGGCUCCGUUUCGUCAGUCGUACCAUAUGCAGCUCAUUCCUUAACUUUAUGCAGCCCGUUCUCUCUGCCCUAUUCGGUCCCCCAAGCGUUGUGGAGCUCACCAUUCCCCCGCAAUCCCCGGGUAGACACACAGCGACAGAUGGCCGCUACGCCAUUGAUAACCUCGCGGGGCCACAAGAAGAAGGAAAUAUCCACCUGCACCGUGUCUAUUCCUCUGAGAAUGCAGCCCUCAGGGGUGGAUCUCUGCGCCGGCGCCGCGACACGCCCUCUGAUCACAGAAGCACUGACGCCUUUGGCGGCGCAGGUGCGGUAACAGAUGAGCGUGUCGCACAGAUUAUGGACCUUGGACUGGGCUUUGAACCGGAGGCGAUCCGUUCUGCUUUGAUUGCUGCUAACGGCCACGUGGACGUCGCUGUUGAGUACCUUGUGAAUCGUGACUAG